GCUGGUAGGUCUUAAUUGUGGACCACAGCACCAGAUCUGCAGCAAUCUCCGGGGCUCCGUCUCCACUGCCCUUCCCUGCGAAGAGUUUUCCUGUCAGCAGCUGCUGUGACAGGCAGUCAGAGGGAGGACUUUGCCCAGUUAUUUCUCCACUGGAGGAAACCUCACCAGAGUCCACUAUCGCUUUCAUUUUCAACUCAGAGCAAAUGUUCAUCUUGUAAUCAUCUUGUAAGGAAGGUAGCCCAGAAACAGUGACAACUCCCUAGAGAGUGUGCCUUGCUGGACAGAAGAAAUGUCAACUCAGUUAGGUUCAUGGGGACAGAAGGACAGGAGCGGACUGGGGGAAGGCAAAGAAUCCGAACGGAGGAUUGUCCUGGUGGGUAAGACCGGAGGUGGGAAAAGUGCCACAGGAAACACCAUCCUCGGCCGGAUGAAAUUUAGCUCCAUUCUUGCAGUGAAGUCAACAACCAAGGCCUGUCAAAAGGAGAAUGGGAAAUGGAAUGGCUGGGAUUUUUCUGUGAUUGACACGCCAGCUAUUUUUGAUUCAAAAAUCCACUCCCAAACAUCUCCCGAACGCAGCCAUUGCAUCGAACUCUGUGAGCCCGGCCCUCAUGCUCUGGUGUUUGUGACUCAGGUGGGCCGCUUCACCGCAGAAGAUGAGGAGGCAGUAGAACAAGUCCAGGAUGUCUUUGGGAUGGAGGCCACCAAGCACAUGGUUGUCUUGUUCACCCGCAAAGAAGAUCUAGAGGGAGACUCUUUGCAGAAUUAUGUGAGGUUGUCAGAUAACAAGGCCCUCCAGAAGCUGGUUGAGAAAUGUGGGGGGCGCAUAUGUGCUUUCAAUAACAGGGCAGAAGGAGCAGAACAGAAACGGCAGGUCUCUGAGCUGAUGAAAAAAAUCCAGGAGGUGGUUGAGGAGAAUGGGGGGAGGUAUUGUUCAAAAACCAGAGGCGACAGAGAAAACAGUAAACAAGCCAAGAAAAAGAGAGGCUGCUCAAAGGGGUUGUGCUGUUGCUUCUCCUGACUUGUAUCAUUACCAUAAUUUAUAGCAUUAAGUUCUUUCUAAAAUAGCUCUCAAUGACUUUCUCAUUCUAGUAUGUUUCUCAUCACGAUUCUGGCAUUAGUGUGAAGUUUGUUCGCAAAGCAGCUUGGAGCAGCACAUCACUUUGGCUCUCAUGCAAACUAAAAAGUUGUAUAUAAGCCAUGUAGCAUAAAUUCAACUCAUCUCUGUAUUAUUAUAUCUUACUGUUUUUCAUUUGCAACUAGGAUUCUACGUUAUCUGUCGUCAUCCUGGUGUGGUUUUGUUUUCUGGAGGUGCUCUACGUUUCUGAAAUGCCCACUCUGCAGAACUCUUUAUUUGGGAUGAGUUAUGCUUUUGGAUGGCAAAAGUAUUGCAGUUUUGUUUUAUGAUAAAAAGUGUGAUGUUAGCCUGUAUCCAAAGCUUGGGCAUGAGGAAGGCCGCAAAUAUAAAUGAUCAUAUGCACAUAAA